GAUUUGUUUAGUUCGCCUCACGACAACGGAGCGAUAUGUAGGUUCUCUGUGAUAAAUUUGUGAUCUGAGACUAAAAAGUGUUUUUUUUAAAUUCCGAGAAACAAAGGAGCCUCGAUAUUUUCAAAAAGUGGCGCGAUUUUUAUUUUUUUGAAAAAUGUGUCUGAAGUCUCAAGGUCUUUCCAACUAAAAAUGUAUCGAAGGAGAAAAUUUUGAAAAUCUUGGCCUAAUGUCUGUAUGGUCAACGAGCACUGGACGCAAUUCAGUCUUCGGUGCGGAGGGUGGAUUACCCCCCUCCUCACACCAACAAAUUAACACCCAACCUCUCGCACACCUGCACAGCACAACAGGCCACUGCUUUCAUAAAAGGUUUCACACCUGUCAGUCAAAGAUGUCUCAAUCUGGCGAUGGCCUCCACACUCCAGGGUAUCUUGCUUGGAGGAAACUUCAACUUAGCAGAGCAAAACUCAAGGCUUCGAGUAAAACAUCCGCCCUUCUCUCUGGUUUUGCCAUGGUCGCCAUGGUUGAAGUGCAGCUGAACUCGGACACGCAAGUCCCCGAGGAAAUGUUGAUCGCGUUCGCAGUCUGCACAACUCUCCUCGUGGCCGUCCACAUGCUCGCCCUGAUGAUUUCCACCUGCAUCCUCCCAAACAUCGAAGCCGUCUGCAAUCUGCACAGCAUCAGCCUCGUCCACGAGUCGCCCCAUGAGCGUCUCCACUGGUACAUCGAGGUCGCUUGGGCAUUCUCCACCCUCCUCGGCCUUCUCCUUUUCCUCCUCGAAAUCGCGAUCCUCUGCUGGGUCAAAUUCUACGACUUCUCCCAGAUCGCGGCCUGGUCAGCCUGCAUAGUCCUCAUUCCAGUUCUUAUUAUUUUCCUCGCGUUCGCGAUCCACUUCUAUCGGAGCCUCGUCACGCACAAGUACGAGGUCACCGUUUCCGGGAUCCGGGAACUCGAAUUGCUCAAGGAGCAGAUUGAAUCCUCGGACGCGGAAGGCGGCAGGAACAAUGGAAUGAAUAUUUUGCAGGGCAACACUCACAUUGUUUGAUGAAAAGUUUCGAUUUGAAAUACUUUUUUGUUUUGUUCAGACUGUGCUUGGAAGAGGUGGAUGUUUAUAAAUGUAUAAGAAAUUGAGGGCAGGCUGGUCCAAAAAGGCGUAUAGAUUUUGUGCUUAACUGAAUUAUUGAAAUUAUGAAAACAUGGCUCAGUUUAGUAAAAAAGAAAGGGUCGCAUCUCCCCGCGGCGACAGCGUACCCCGCCGCUAUAGACUACCGCGGAGCGAUAAAGGUACUCCGCUGCGAUAAACUUCUGUCUUGGUAGAGCACCCCGCUGCGAUUGGCAACCUGAAGCGAUAAACUUACGCCGCCAUAGGGUACACCGCCGCAAUACACUACCCGAAGCGACAAAGGUACCCCGCCGCGAUAGACUUCCGCUGCGAGUGACUACCCCGUAGCGAUAAAGGUACUCCGCUGCGAUAGAGUAACACCAAAGUGAUAAAGGUAUUCCGCCGCGACAAUUAUCUCUUACUGUUUUUAUUUUUUCUUUUUUUUUUAUAAAAAAAAGCGACUCUUCGAUUUGCUCAGUCUUUAUCGAGCGCCUUGAAUCUCUGUAAAUAAGAUACUUAUAAAUACAAAUGUAAAUCAUAAACAUUCCUUAGAGAGCGCAUAGGGACUUAAAUAUUCUAGAAUAGAAUCUGAAUCUCUUAAAUUUCAACGUUUUCAAAUUUCAGAGUGAUUUCUCUUCUCAUUGGAAAUAAUUUUCAUCUUUUUUUGAUAGGUUUGAGAAAUUAAUUUGAAAUUACUCAGAAAUUUAGAAGCGUUUGAAGAACUUAUACCUAAAAAGGCUGAUUUUUACUUCAAAUGUCAGGAAUAUAUAUUUUAAUUAGAGUUUUAAUACAAAAUUAAUUUUUAAUCGAAUAAAAUUGAAAUGAAGACAAAAGUGCAAUUAACGAUUGACUGCUACGUAAAGAAAUAUUUGUAAUAUACGAUUUUUAUCUUAAACAAACUGUAGCAGUAUUAUAAAACAUGACAUUUAUACUUAGUAAUAUGUAAGUACAUCGAUUCAAUCAAUGAAAUAAAAAGGGAACUUGAAAGUA